UGUAUAUGUACUUCAUCACAACUCAUUACUGGAUAUAGCUUCAAGCAUUGCACAAUAUUCAUACUCAUUCGAAAACUAUAUACUCAGGAUUUCAUUUGAAGGGAAAUAUAUAAUUAAUUAAUGGCAGGUUUACUCAUCUUUGUAGGGCUUAUAGCUCUUUCCUCCUCAUUGGCCAUGGCUGCUGACCAUAGUCCUCUUCAAGAUUUCUGCGUUGCUGAAUCCAAUAGCCAAGUUCUUCUGAAUGGUCUGGCGUGUAAGAAAGCAAGCACGGUAGAAGCCAGUGACUUCUCCUUCAGUGGACUUCACUUAGCAGGCAACACAAGCAAUGCAGUUGGAUCAAGGGUAACUCUGGUUUCCGCUACUCAAAUUCCUGGACUCAACACGCUUGGAAUCUCUCUCGCCCGCAUUGACUAUGCACCAUGGGGCAUCAACCCACCUCACGCCCAUCCUCGUGCCACUGAAAUCCUGACCGUCAUGGAAGGCAGCCUUGAAGUUGGAUUCAUCACCUCCAAUCCCGACAAUCGUUUGAUCUCAAAGAUUCUGAACAAGGGUGAUGUUUUUGUGUUCCCCAUCGGUCUCGUACAUUACCAGAAAAAUGUAGGAAAUGGUAAAGCAAUGGCUAUUGCCGGACUUAGCAGCCAAAAUCCAGGAGUGAUUACUAUCGCAAAUGCAGUGUUCGGUUCUAAGCCGGACAUAUCAACUGAUAUACUCGUCAGGGCUUUGCAGGUGGACAAGAGCAUCAUCACCAGGACCCAGGCUAUAUUUUAAUGAAUUUCAUUUAUUAUUUCAUGCACUGAAGAGACUGGUCGUAAAACUGAUAUUACACCUAAGCUGUUAAUUUUAUUUACUCCUGAAUUCUUUGACAAUGCAUUACUAUUGUUCCGUUCCUUAAUUUAAUUCUUAAUGGAAGAAAUCUUACCUACA